AUUUGUAUUUGGAUUGGAUUCUUGGAAUAUGAAAGUAAACUCCUCGUGUAGGUUUGGAUAGAGAAGACAGGACGGGCUCAAAUAGUCAAAUCUGAGGUUGCUGUCUUGCUGAAUUGAGGUCUAAGGUUCUAUUGGGAGUGGCAAUUUGGUGGCUCCUAUCAGAGAAGAAGGCAGGAAUUAUUUUAACACCAUGACAAAAGACGGAGUAAAUCUGAACUCCUUGAAAGUUAACACAUGUUUAUUCCCGAUUAGAGCGUAUCGUAUUCAGAGUAUAAUGUUUGAGAGAUUUAAGCUAAUUGAGAAAUUGUACUCUGCAGCAACAGCAAGAAGGUGAAAAGAACUAAAAUGGAUAGAGCGAAAGCGUUUGUCGAAGGAAUCAGCAAUGAAGAAUCGGAAAUACUAUCCUCACUCACCUUUCCUCCUCACCGCGUCACCGUCGAGCCUAGUUUUUACGAGCAUUACGCCAUCAGAGGCAUCCGAGUCGACCGAGUCGAACCCGGCUUCGUCUCCUGCACUUUCAAAGUCCCUCGUCGUCUCACCAAAUGGAGUAUUUGCAUCGGGCGCUAUUGCAAAUCUAGUCGAUGAAGUUGGAGGUGCGGUUGUCUACGUGGAGGGUCUCCCCAUGAAUGUGUCCGUGGAUAUGUCCAUCUCUUACCUUUCUACUGCAAAAUUUAAUGAUGAAUUAGAGAUUAUAGGGAGAUGCUUAGGUAAAAUAGGCGGGUAUUCUGGAACAAGUGUGCUUGUGAGGAACAAACUGACAGGGGAGCUUAUUGCCGAGGGGCGACAUUCGUUGUUUGGUAAACAUGUUAGUAAGAUGUGAUAAUAAUGUGUUAUGUUUGCAUUUCUUUCUUUUUUCUCAAAAAGGAAUACAUGGAUGAACUAAAUCUUUAUUUAUUACUCCUUAAUAAGUCAAUAACGUGUGUGCAUUUUGAGUGCCUAGCUAUCUUUGCUAGAGGUAGUUUUUAUGGUAACGUGCAAACUCAUUGGCUUCUUACAGGAGCAACA